UCUAUAUUUGAUCAGUUGUUACUUGUAGUUGAAGACUUUAUAUUUGAAAGUUUAUAACUAGCAGUUAAAGCCUACAUACCUAAACAGUUGUUCCUGGCAGUGGAUGCCUUUACAUCCGAUCAGUGGCUGUAACAGAAGCCUUUAAAGCUCAUUGGUUGUAAUUGGUUGUGCCGUCACACACGUCUCGGCUAAUUGGGGUUGUCGGCUAGUUUGUAAUCAUUCCUUCGGCCAAAUCAUUUCCAAUAAUUACAAAAUGUUGGUCAAAGCUUAAGGCCAAAGUUCAGACCAGUCAUCCACGACAGACGGCAUACUUUGAACUGUCGCUAUCACUUAGCGAGGCUGCUGGCAGAGCCGUAGGAGGGACAAAAGAGGCGGUUGGUGCGGUUCCUGAGCAGACCGUGACGGCACAACGUGGAGGAGAACAUGGAGCUGUACCUGGACCUCCACUCACAGCCCUGCCGCUCCGUCUAUCUCCUGGCCAAGAGGACCGGCAUCCCCUUCACCUUCAAAUCAGUGGACCUCUCUGCAGGUCAGCAGUUUGGGGAGGAUUUUGGUAAAGUUAGUGUGGUGCGGAAGGUGCCAGCUAUGAAAGACGGCGACUUUAUCCUGACAGAAAGCGUGGCUAUCCUCCAGUACAUGGUGGAGAAGUUCCCCCAGCUGGUCCCUGGUCACUGGUACCCCUCUGACCUCCAGCGUCGAGCCCUUGUCAACGAGUUCCUGUCCUGGCAGCACACCGCGCUGCGGGCCCAUGGCUCAAAGGUCUUCUGGUUUAGGGCUGUGGUUCCCGUGGUAACAGGCGUGGCUGUUCCGAAGGAGAAGAUGGACUCAGCGCUUGAGGACCUGAAGCAGACCAUGGAUUUGUUUCAGAGCAAGUUUCUAAAGGACAGCAGCUUCAUCGCUGGGGAAGAGGUUUCCCUGGCAGACCUGGUGGCCAUUGUUGAGAUCAUGCAGCCGGUUGGAACUGGUCUGGAUGUGUUUGAGGGCCAGCCAGCACUGAGUGCCUGGAGAGAGCGUGUGAAGAAGGUGAUCGGAGAGGAGCUGUUUGAUGAAGCUCACCAAAGCAUCAUGAAUGUGGACUGCCUGGCCAAAACCUUCCAGGACAACGGCAUGCUGGAGUUCCUCAAGCCUCGCAUCAACAAGAUGUUCACCUGAGCGUCAGGUCAAGCUGCUCCACUUCAGUUCACGUUUUCGUAUAUGCAGGGUGAUGAAUAAUUUUCAUUAUCGUUUCAUUUGUUUCAUUCCAAAGGUAGUUCUUGAACUUUGAUUGAGAUAUUUCUUAAUUUGUGGUGUGGAUUAAACCUUGUGUUGAGCAAUGCAACAUUGUGUUGACUGUAUA